GGAUUUGGAAAAGCGGGUAAAUAGAACCCAGACGGCACCCCCUCUUUCUCUGCCUGGAGAGUCAAGUAUGCUUGCCCCCGAGAGAGAGAGGGAGAGUUACAGAAAGAGAAAGAGAGAGAGAAAGAGAGAGUGUGUGUGAGAGAGAGAGAGAGAGAGAGAGAGAGAGAAACAGAACAGCGUGGAGGAGAGAAAGUCUUGCAGCAGCCUCUCUCCUCUGCCUGCCCUUAUUACUUGAUGGAGCUGUGCAGCUAGCAGAGAAACAGUGUGGAAUAUUUGAGACUGUUGCUGAAGGAGGAACCAUUCCUUCAGGAUGCCGUCCAUGUCUCUGGGGCUGCCGGCAGCACUGGCUGGACGGGCCAGAACCUGGGUGUGCCUGUCCUGCAUGUUCUGGCCGGAGGACUUUGAGGGGGUCCAUUCCCACACCUUCAAGGUCAAGACUUUCAAGAAGGCCAAGAGCUGUGGGGUGUGCAAGCAGGCUGUGACCAAGGAGGGCCUGGUCUGCAGAGUGUGCAAAUUGUCCUGCCACAAGAAAUGUGAGGUGAAGGUAGCCACAGCCUGCGCCCCCACCACGAACUAUGAGCUGCCUCCCAGUAACGAUCUCCCUCUGAAGCAUGUGGAGACUCCGGGAUCCAUGAAGUCCUUCAAGAGCACAGACUCCAGAAGAAGGCCAUCUAGGAGCCUGAGCCUGAUACAGGCCAUGGAGGAAAGUUAUGAGGUGGACCUGGUCUACAUCACCGAGCGCAUCAUCUCCCUGUCCUUCUCUGGCGGGGUGGAGGAGCACAGCUACAGUGUGCACCUGCGCGAGGUCAUCAGCAUGCUGCGUUCUAAACACCAGCAGCACUACCUGCUGCUGAACCUCAGCGAGCGGAGGCAUGACAUCACUAAACUAAACCCAAAAGUGCUGGACUUCGGCUGGCCUGACCACCAUGCUCCUGCGCUGGAUAAAAUCUGCAGUAUCUGCAAAGCUAUGGACACAUGGCUUAAUGCUGACCCCCAUAAUGUGGUGGUGUUGCACAACAAGGGAAACCGUGGGAGAACUGGGGUGGUUGUGGCUGCCUAUAUGCACUACAGCAACAUAUCUGCCAGUGCGGACCAGGCUCUGGACAGGUUUGCUAUGAAGCGUUUUUAUGAGGAUAAAGCCAUGCCUGUGGGCCAGCCGUCUCAGAGGAGGUAUGUGCAGUACUUUGCUGGACUUCUCUCUGGCCAUAUAAAGAUCAACAACAAGCCCUUGUUCCUUCAUCAUGUCAUCAUGCAUGGCAUUCCCAACUUUGAGUCUAAAGGAGGUUGCAGACCAUUCCUCAAGAUCUACCAGGCAAUGCAGCCGGUAUACACAUCUGGUAUAUAUAACGUUCAAGGGGACAGUCAUACAAGCAUCUGCAUCACCAUUGAACCAGGCCUGCUUCUAAAAGGAGAUAUACUGUUGAAGUGCUACCACAAACGUUAUCGGAACCCCAGUCGGGACGUGAUCUUCAGAGUUCAGUUCCACACGUGUGCUGUGCAUGAUUUAGGGUUGGUCUUCACCAAGAACGACCUGGAUGAGACCUUCAGAGAUGACCGAUAUCCUCAGGAUGGGAAAGUGGAGUUUAUCUUCUCUUUUGGCCCAGAGAAGAUCAGAGGGCUGGAUCACCUAGAGAACGGCCCCAGUGUAUCUGUAGACUACAACACCCAGGACCCUCUUAUUCGCUGGGAUUCAUAUGAAAACUUUAACCGGCGAUGUGAGGACACAACUGAUGAUGUUGCUCAUACUCAAGGGCCACUCGACGGCAGCCUCUACGCUCGUGUGCGCAAAAAAGACUCGCUUGAGGGUGUUGUCAAUGGUCUCCCAACUAGUGAGCGUGCUCCUCCUGCAGUUAAACAAGCCGUCCCUGCAGCUAGCCACGCUCUUCCUCUCCCUGUAGCCAAUCACCCACUCCCAGCCGACCAUGCCUUGUCAGUGAGCAGCGACUCAGGCAACUCCACUGCCUCUGUAAAGACCGACCGCACAGAUGAAGCCCAGCAAUCUCUGUCCUCAUCUGGCCCCGUAAGCCACCCUGCACCUGACGUCCCCAUCAGCCCCCGUGAGAAACGGGAGCUCGAGCAGCUGCUGAGUGGGCUAGAGGGCCCACCACUCCUUCCUCGUCAGGACUUCCUUCCAGCGGCAAAUACAAGCCCUGGAGGUGGUGUGCGCCACCUUGUGCCUGCACAGGUCCAUGUAAAUGGCCAAACUGGCACUGAGCGAGAGACUGACAUCCUUGACGACGAGUUAGCUGACAGCCAAGUAGGGGACAACAGCGCCGACAGCCUCGGGACUCUCUCUUCCUUCGAAGGCCGGGAUACUCCGGCAGACAGCCAGGCUCAGACUGAGUCGACUGUAGUUGAUAUCGACAGGCGGCAGGGUGGUCUCUCAGACAGAAGGCCAGUGAUAAACAAUAAGGCGAUGCCCGUGCACCAGAUGAGAGGCUCGUCUUCAGCACAGGAGCGUCUGGUGGACUACAGUGGGCAGAACGGAGGGAUGUAUCGUUCGCAGUCGUAUGGUGCGCCAAUGCUGGACGGAGGUCCUCGGUAUCUUCCACAGGCUCCAGAGCGCAGCACAAGCAGCAGAGAGGCAGUGCAGCGGGGACUAAGUGCCUGGCACCAGUAUGGCCUGAUGGAUGACCCCUUCUUUGGCCCCAAUGCUGGCCUUCCUCACUUCCCUACCCAUGGUGGGGCUUCACAGCAGGACGUGGAGCAAUCUAUAGAGGCACUCAACAUGCUCAUGCUGGACCUGGAGCCACAUACGCCAGUGCCCAAGUCUCAGAGUGCUCCACCUGGAGACAACAGCUCAGUCUUCCAGCCAUUCUCCCAAACUCUAGCCAGGCCCUCCUACCAAGCUGACCAGGCCAUACAUAAUUAUGCUGGCACACAACCUCUCUCUGCUUCAGCCAGCUUUGGCCAGUCCUCUCAUAGGUCAUCUCCUGCGUGUCCCAUGACCCCACCAGCCGAUUCCCACCAGAGGCCUUACCAGCCUGCCCACUCUCCUUCACCCACCUACCAGCAAGACCCGUACAGCAUACGGGGAGGGUCAGUCACUACCCCAUCUCCAACUAUGCCCUUGCCAUCUCCGAUCAAGCCCCAGACCGUUUACCCAGGAGGUGGGGUGGUGUCCUACUCUCCAGACUUGCAGGGUUCUUCCCCGUAUCCAGCUACACAACAGAGCUACAGCGCAUCCUCCUCCCCUCUACCCCCUGUUACACCCGCUAAGGAACCUGAGCCUGAGCCUGAGGAAGAAAGUCUCAAUCUUGAAGGACUAGUGGCACAUCGUGUGGCGGAGUACAACGCUCGCAUCCGGGGCAUCUCCGAGAGCAUGUCCAACCAGCCCGAACGCCAUCGCUCCUAUUCCUUCUCUGGAUCACGCUCACAUACAGUGACUCCAGAUGUGGCUGUGUCCGGCUCUCGCCGUCGCACUACUAGUGAGGGCCAGUACCACAACAGUCAUGAGGACACACCUGCUCACGCCGGAGGGGUACAUUCUCCAGGGCACUGCGUUUCACCAGAAUUUGUCAACACCAUUGCCCUGAACCCUGGAGGAUGGCCUAAAGAGGGACACAUGCACAGCUACAGGGAGGCCUUUGAGGAGGCGGAGCCAGUAGCGGUUAGCCCCACCCUCAGCAGUGUUGGUGAGGCACAACCCCUGACCCCUGCCUUCCCUGUCUCGCCCACCACCUCGCCACAGACCCCAUACUUCAACUUGUGUUGCUCGCCGCCGGGUCUGGCUAAAACACCUCUCUCUACGGUGGGAAUGAAGCAAGCCAGCCCGUCUGAGGCACUGUUUCAGCAGAGCAGCUCAGACUCUGAUUCUAGUGAUGAUUUAGAAGAGCCUCAGGGCUAUAUGGGUUCUUUGGUUCGAGGAGGAGGCAUGGUGUCCCCUGUCCACUCCUUUUACCCUCCUGCUAUCCCAAAUAGACCAGUUCAGCCUCCCCACACCUUCACUCCUCCUCAGCCUGCCAGCAGUGCCAUCUAUAACCCUGAUGGUAGCAUAAGGAUGACUAAUCCUGCGCACACCAAUGAACCUUUUUUCCCCUCCUUUCCGGCUGAGCCCAUCCGUGCCCCUCUCUUUCCUGACCCCCUGGGCUACCUUGACCCUGAGGAGGCUACCGUCAAUGUUAUGGGUGUGCACCGAGUCCCUGGCAGCCCCAAUACCCUGCACCGCACCGUGGCCACCAACACGCCCCCGAGCCCUGCUCUCCAGCGCCGGCUCGGCAGUCAGAGCAGUCCAGCUAUGGCCCGUCGCAUGGCGCCCAGUAAUGGCAGCAGUGAACCAUCCACACCCAACAGCCCCCUGCUGGGCCGUAAUGGCAAGUUCAUCCCACCCAGUCCUGUGCUGAACCGGCACCCCUCACCUGCUCCCCGGAACCCCAGCCCGGAUCGCAGACCCACACCCAGUGGGCAAGCCACAUCUGACGACAGACAAGGGGCGCAAUCCAGGCAGAGUUCAUCCUCUAUGGGCCCCAACCCUGCUCUCAUGUCAUCCUUUCCUUUGGGGCAGCCCCAGCUGCCAGGCAAAAGAACGGACCCCAGCAUAGAGAGACUCGACAGAGUGGCAGUAGACGGCACCCAGAACGGCAAGACUCUAACCCCGACACCGGCGCCUAGCGGAGUCAGCACACCCAGCCCUGCCCCGCGAUCCCCACAAGAGCCUACCUUAGUUUCCAUCUAUGCUGAUGGACCUCCAGAUAUCAAGCUCAAUGUCAAGUUUGUUCAAGAUACAUCCAGGUUCUGGUACAAACCAGACAUCUCAAGGGAGCAAGCCAUUAAUCUGCUGAAAGAUCGUGAGCCAGGAGCGUUUGUCAUCCGUGACAGCCACUCGUUCCGAGGGGCGUAUGGCUUAGCCAUGAAAGUGGCCUGCCCUCCGCCAACAGUGCAGCAGAAUAAGAAAGCUGGUGACAUGACUAAUGAGUUGGUCCGCCACUUCUUAAUCGAGACCAGCCCAAAAGGUGUCAGGCUGAAAGGCUGUCCGAACGAGCCAUACUUUGGGUGUCUGUCUGCACUGGUAUACCAACACUCCAUCACACCCCUGGCUUUGCCAUGCAAGCUUAUGAUCCCCACCAGAGAUCCGAAUGAAGAGGCUUUGGAGUUGGCCACACCCACAAGUUCUGCAAUGGAUCUUCUCAAACAAGGAGCAGGGCCACCAAAGCCUCCUGAAGAGUCUCAUGCAUGCAAUGUUCUGUACAUAAACUCAGUGGAUAUGGAGUCCCUGACAGGCCCUCAGGCCGUGGCCAAAGCUAUCAGCGAGACGCUGGCCACUAACCCUGCACCCACGGCAACCGUCGUCCACUUCAAAGUGUCCUUGCAGGGCAUCACUCUCACUGACAAUCAGAGGAAGAUCUUCUUCCGACGUCAUUAUCCUGUCAAUACAGUAACAUACUGCAAUAUUGACCCACAAGAAAGGAAGUGGAUCAAGGCAGACAGAGACUCAGCAAGGCUCUUUGGUUUUGUGGCCCGAAAACAAGGAAGCACAACAGAUAAUGUGAGCCACCUGUUUGCUGAACUGGAGCCUGACCAGCCGGCCACAGCCAUCAUCAGUUUCGUCUCCAAAGUCAUGUCCAACACUCAGAAACCCUGAACAUCUGCCCUGGAGGCCAUCUUGAGUUUCUCUCCACGAGUGUUUUUUUCUCCCGCCAAAGAAGAUUUUGUUAUUCAUUUCUUAUUCGUUUCUUUCAGUGUGGACAUAAUUUCCUUUGAUUGAAAAACUCGUGGAGGUCGGGGCGACUUUUAUGAAGAUUUGGGACACAUCGUCAGAAAGACUAGGUGAAGAUCAAAGCUGGAGCCUGAGGAGGUGCCAAAGGUGUUGUGACAGUUGAGUAUGAUUGACGGGGAUACAGCUGAUCCCGCUAGCUUUCCUGGGAAACGAAGCUUUGUGAAAGGAAAAAUAGAUAUUUUAAGGAUCAUAUGCAAGAGGACACAGGUUGAACCACCAAAGGUAGAGCUCAGAAAAAAAGUAUGCCGAUUUAUUCCAUUUGUUUUCUAAUGGACGGGAUUGUUGAUUCAGACACAAAUUGAAAAUGUUAAGUCCUUCAGGAUUAUCAUACAUGUCUGUUCUUCUGGAAAAAAAAAAGAAGUAUGAAGAAACGUUUGCAUGUUUGCUUGCAAAGAACCUUCUCCACUAGUCUUUUGGACUUAAAAGACAAUAGGCUUCUUGGCUUAGUGUUGUGCUCUUGCAAAACACAAGUCUUCUCUGACAACCUUUCUCAACAGACCAAAAGCAUCUCGGGAAAAUACAGCAACAUACACUGUGGUCCAUUAUUGGCAAUAAUAAAGGAAGGAUCGAGACGACAUGCUCUUGCCUGCGGAGGUGGGACUGUUAAAGCAUACUGCCAUCAGCUGCAGCUACGUGAGGCUAACUGCUGAUGGCCAAUGGCUCCUCCCUCUGUCGGUGGGGCUUAACCUGACAGGUCACACCUUGAUGUGCUCUGUACCAUAAGAACAGUAAGGAUCUCUGUGGAUGAGCCCUGCACGUUGCUAGUAGGCCUUUAGCUCUUGUGUUCUGUGCUCUGCGUCGUGACCUCACACAACGCCCCCCCCCCCCCACCCCCCACCCCCAUCCUUUGGCUUCCGCGGCAGUCAAAAAGACAAAUACGCUAAGCUGGCGCUUACCGUUGCGAACUGCUCAGCUGCAUGUGUAGAUCCAUUUUGUACUUCUCUUAAAAGAAAGGUCUAAAAACUAGGUUCAAAAAAGGUUCAGCGUUCCUUCUAAUGAAGUAAGGACCUAAAAAAAACAACAAAAAAAUGCUGUGCUUGUAUCAUUUGUGUCCUUCUCGAAGCAGGGUUUUAUUUAACUAUAACAAAGUAGACGAGUUAUUUUUUUAAUCUGAGUUUCCUCGAGUCAUGAGUCAGAGCCCAUUUUUUUCUCACUGUGUCAGCACCUAACUUUUAACGAAAAAAAAUAAAAAAGAGAGAGAAAAACACCCACACAUCAUAAGCUAACAAUUGAUAAUAGAUAGGGAAAUGAAUAUUAUUAGAUAUGUAUGUAUGUAUUACUAUAUAUAAAAAGAUAACAUUAAUUAAAUAUUUAUUUUUGUUGCUAUGUUACUCUCGAGUGACUAAUACAUUAUAUUGAGGGGAAAAAAUGUAUAGUCUUCAGGACAUUUUAUUGCGUUGAAGAGGAAGAAUAAAAAAAGACUUAUUUUGGCUGAGAUGUCAGGAGAUUUUGAGAAGCUCUUGAAUCAUGCAAGACGUAAACUGUAUGUUACAGCAUGUCACUUUGUUUUGAAUAUAUGUGUUCAUUGUGCCAUAUUUAGGUGUUUUAGGAUGGAAAGGCGUGAAUGCAGAAGAAGAAAAAAAGAAAAAAAAAAAAUGUGAUCAACCACAAAUGUGGUCAACCACAAAUGUACGUUUGCCAUGAAUGCUGCCAUUUGUUGUGCAAUUCAGGUUUAUCAUGCAAAAGAUAUGGAGUAUGUUACUGGUUAUAGGAACAGUGCUUAGUCACUGUUUUCUUUAGGAAUGUAAAAUAAAACAAAAAAAGGCAAUGCAAUAUAGUAUGUUUGCCAAAGAAAUACAGAAUUUGAUACAAUGUGCCCUCUGUAAUGUCAGUUGCUUUUGCAGUCCAUCACAUUUACCCCAUAUAUGAUUGUAAAGCACUUACGGAUUUAGGAUAAAAAUAGAUCUGUCCGUGCAACACAACUUUAGUAUACUGUGUGUGGAAAGCUGCUCACAUGCUAAGGACAUAGAUCAAAGCUGCCCAAACUGUGGCCAACGGGACAAACUUGACAUUCGAUCUGCCAAGUCACAAUGGAUUUGACAUUAGAUGUGACACUUUGUACAUUUGCUUACAGUUCUGGACGAAUGACUAUUGGGCUUUUCUGGUAUUUUGAUCGUGGUCCUGGGCACAGCACUUGGGUUUUUCUUUUCUACCCAAAAACGUUUGGGCAUCUGUGGUCUACAGCCAUCACUUCUCAACCUGCCUAUUUCAUGACCUCCUAUGUCUGUGUUAUAAAAUUCAACAUCAUCAGCUUGCCUUCAAAGUAUUUAUGUGUUCUUUUUUAGCUAUUUAUUUCUUUCUGGUCCAGCGUAGUUUAAAAAGCUUGUCUUUUCUGGAGAGAGCGGCCUGCCAUAUUAGUAAUCAGUGUUAUCUGAAAUGGACUACAGUGCUACAAUGAAAGUGGACAGAGAGCUUUGGUCUGAUGUCUGCUUUAUAAAGAUGAAUUUUGCUUCUGAAGAUGUGAAUGUACUACUAUGGCUAUACAGAACUGAAAUGUUUUCUUUUUUUUUUCAUUUGUUUUGUUGCCAUUACUUUGUUGUCCCUGAAAAGAAAAAGAGAACAUUAAAAGCAAUACAACUCAGUUACAAAA